AUGGCGUUAAUUGAUAUAGCACGGUCGCGGCUGGAGUGGAGGCCUGCAGUGAUGCUGGCGGCCAUCGACUGUGCCGACGAGGACAACCAGCAAGUGUGCUCCGAUUUUGGGAUAACUGGCUUCCCCACGCUGAAGUUCUUCAGAGCUUUUAGCAAGAAGGCAGAGGAUGGGAUAAGGAUUACCAAUCCCAGCGCCACCGUCGAGGACCUGCGCCAUGCCAUCAUCACCAACCUGGAGCAGAGCCAGGACACAUGGCCGCCCGCCUGUCCUCCGCUGGAGCCGGCGAGCGCGGAGGAAGUUCACAGCUUCUUCCAGAGGAACAAGGACCAGUACCUGGCGCUGAUCUUUGAGAAGAGCGACUCCUUUGUGGGCAGAGAGGUGGCACUGGACAUGCUGCAGUACGAGAACGUGGCGGUGAGGAGGGUGCUGAGCAGCGAGGAGGAGCUCGUGGAGAAGUUCGGCGUCACCACCUUCCCCUCUGGCUACCUGGUCCUCCGCAACGGCUCCUUCUCCCGCCUGCCCGUGCACGUGGAGGCACGCUCCUUCUACACCUACUACCUGCGCACGCUCUCGGGCGUCACCCGCGGCUCCUACAAGCUGAAUACAACCGACAGUGCUUCCAACGAGACCGCUGCAUCCCCACUGAAGCACGCUGACCGCUCCAAGGUGUACAUGGCCGACCUGGAGUCCACGCUGCACUACUCACUGCGGGUGGAGGCUGUCCGUGCUGCCACACUGUCGGGAGCCCAGCUGGCCGCCUUCAAGUGCUACGUGGCCACACUGGUGAAGUACUUCCCCGGGCGCUCCUGUGUGCAGACCUACCUGCAGUCCCUGGACGGCUGGCUGAGGAACUGGACAGAGCCCGAGCUGCCCCGCAGCACCUUGAAGGAGGCCAUGAAGAAUAACAGAGAUGCUUCCCAGCCUGCCGUGCUCCCCACCAACAUCACCUGGGUGGGCUGCCAGGGCACCGAAUCCCACUUCCGUGGCUACCCCUGUGGGCUCUGGACCGUCUUCCACCUGCUGACCGUCCAGGCUGCCCAGAGCGGCCCCGACAAAG